CCGGCAAUCGAUCCCGCACCGCAGUCCGGCGGAACGUUCGACCAUGGCAGACAAGAAUAAGGUUGCUGAGCAGUACUAUGCGCCCCCACCGGACCUGGGCAAAUGGGAGGGCUUCAAGAUCUUCCUGUGGAACUCCGAGACGGGGCAAUUCCUCGGCCGCACGGGAUCCAGCUGGGCCAAAAUCCUGUUGUUCUACCUGAUCUUCUACCUGAUCCUCGUGGGGUUCUUCGCCGCGAUGCUGACUAUCUUCUACCAGACGCUGGACUCCAAGAUGCCCAAGUGGCAGAUGGACGCGUCGCUCAUCGGGAAUAAUCCAGGUCUUGGAUUCCGGCCGAUGCCGGACACGGAUGCCGCUGUAGAAAGUACCCUCAUCUACUACAAGGCUAACGACAAGGGCUCCGUGCUCAAAUGGGCUACAGUCAUCGAUGACUUCCUAAAGCAGUACCAAAAGAAGGGAAGCGGCAGCGGCGAGGUCCCCGGCGCUGAGAACAGGGUGCCGUGUUCCGCGAACUCUGCGGCGUUAGGGGAGAAGCAGGUCUGCGACGUGCCCAUCGACGACUUCCACCCCUGCACCCCCGCCAACCAGUACAACUACGAGGAGGCCGGGCCUUGCGUGUUCCUCAAACUGAACAAGAUCUUCAAUUGGACACCCAACCCUUACAACAACACAGAAGACUUGCCAGCAAACAUGCCGGAUGACUUGAAGCAGCACAUUAAGUUAGUUUCUGGCAAAAAGGAAGCUAACACCGUAUGGGUGUCAUGCGAGGGCGAGAAUCCGGCUGAUGUCGAGAACAUCGGACCCGUGCAGUACAUCCCUCGGCGCGGGUUCCCAUCGUACUACUACCCCUUCACCAACAAGGAGGGCUACCUCAGCCCACUUGUCGCUGUACUCUUUGAGAAGCCAAGGACGGGCGUCCUGAUCAACAUCGAAUGCAAAGCGUGGGCGAAGAACAUCUUCUACGACCGGUACGAGCGGCGCGGCUCGGUGCACUUCGAGCUGAUGGUGGACCGCUCCUAAACGCCAUUGGCCCACAGCUUGGCGGCCAACAUUCCGACACUUGUGUUGCUUGGCCAAACUAUCAGAUGCUUAGGUUUUAGGGUGUACGGAUGACUUUUGUAUGGCGUCACCGUAAACGUUACGGACUUACAGUUCUGAAAAUAGCGUAAUAUGAUAUAGGUAUCGCGGUAUAUAGUACAAUCAGUGAGUUGUAACCUGUUGAAUAAUUAAAAACAAAUGGUUGAAUAAUAGAUUGAAUGAGAGUAUGAUUGAGACUUAUAUAAUAAUUAUGGGGUGAUGUUUUACGACGAUGUUUAUGCGUCUGUAAUUAAAAUGUAGUAAAUUAACAAGUGAAAGAUUCUUCGAGCAUGGUAAAUAAACUGACCGAGAAAUAAGUAAAGGAACGUAAUGAAUUCUAAUGUUGAGGUUCAUUUAUUAUCUCUAACAAAAGAUUAUCGUUAAACCUAGCAGAGUGUAUGAUGAUAAUGAAGGGAUUGAUUCAAUUUCAAGAUAAGUGUUCGUUAUAAAAGUGACCAUGACUUGAACGACCAUGUUCAUGAUCAAAUAGAAGUACAGGUCUCGGUCAGUCAGUGUAGUCUGAAAUUUUGUGAAGUCUAUAUGGAUGCCUAUGUCGAAAUGUACAUAGGCCUCCACGCUCAGGGCCUCAGGCAGGCGUGAUGAAAUGAUUGUUGUUGUUGUGAAUGUCGUCAACUUGAGAGAAUGUCACUGUUGUCAUAGACGCUGAUUUUAGAACGAUAGGUACCUCAUAGAAAAGUCGUGUUACCGCGCUAGUGUGUCCCGUCAUAACUAAAUAAGUAUUAGAGUAAGCGCAUACAAUUUUGAAUCGUUCGUUUAGUCAUUUAUUAUUAAAUAUAAUAAUGUUAAUAGUUGAGGACGCAUGCUAGCGAUUUGGUAAUUCGAUAUUUUCAAUUAUCUGUUCUAUGUUUUAGACUUAGUAAUAAUCUAGUAAAUAUGUAUCGUGUGCGAGAUGUAUUAAUGUUUUAAAGUGUUAAAACGAUCAGGCGGAAAGUUGCAGCUUUUUACUUUUGACGUGGCAAAGUUUUGACUGGAACAUUGUAAAUGCAGGUAAUGAAAUUGGUAUGAUCAUUAAUAUGGCUCGUACAUUAGUAAGGAUUUGUCAGUGUUACAAAAGCUAUCCGUGUCGGCUGCAUUGUUUUGCUACUGAAACAACUUGGUGAUAACACUGGGCCAAGUUUUAGAACUACACUGCCAACUAUUUUAGUCACACUAGCCAAGUCACCUGUGGUUGGCCGCCAAGUUGUCCGAAUGUACGCCAAUUGGUUGCCAAGUUCACCACACACAAACACCACGCCAGGCGCCGGCUGCCAAGCGCCGAAUCUCCCCACGUUUUACUUUCUAUUUGAUGUCUUGUUUAAUGUCUUUGACAAAAAUAUAUCACGAACUUUCAAAUGAUAAUGUAAAAUCGAUGUAUUUAAUACAUUAAUAACAAUCAAUUAUUACCAAAUCAGAAUUUACCCAGUUUAGACGCAAUAUAUACAUUUGUAUCGAUAAAAAAGUGUUACGGACAUCACUAACGAUCCUGUCAAAUAGAAAGUAAUACAACGGUCGGGGUAUACUCUAGCAAUAGCCACAUAGUCGGCGUUUAAUUUAUAUUCGUUUUAGAAUAGCCCGAGGGCGCCACUGAGUUGAAUCUUUUGUUUACACGCUUAAUAAAUAAAUAAAUCUAAUUAAUUAACUUAAAUUAUUAAAUAUUUAUUAUUGUAAUGUUUUUUCUGGACGGAGAGUCAAUAAAUAUGCAAUAGUUGGUUCCAAUUUA